GGAAAGUAAAUUUAUAACAAUAUGGAAAAGGAAGCUGUAAACUUUUCAGAGUCUCUAAACACUAAUGACGAGACACACGAGUUCAAAAACGACCCAGAAAGGGUAUCCAAAGUGAUAGACUCAGAUGAGAUCCCUGCUGACUCUCUUAAGUUCAACUAUUUCUUAUUCUUACUCAUGGGGAUUGUCCUUGUACUUCCUCUAAAUAGCUUGAUCCAAGCUAUUAGCUUUUUCGAAUCUAACCUUCCGGGAAGAGAUAUUGAGUUUAUCGUAGGAACUCUAACCAAUGGGCCAGUGUUCUUAGGGCAGGUUAUGAUGCUCCUUAUUGGGAAAUGCCUCAAUACUAAGAUGACUAUUGUUCUUAGCUUAUAUGGUAUGUCGGUAAUGAGCUUUGCAAUCCCAUUCAUUACUGAAUAUAUCAAUAAUACAGAUGCCCUCUUUUACAUUGUGCUGGCCUCGAUCUUUAUAUUCUGCCUAUUCACAGGAUUUUACCAGAGCUCAGGAAGAGGAUUCAACGCUAUUUUCCCUAAGACCAUGGUCGCAUCCUUUAGUAAUGGGACAGGAUUAAGUGGGAUACUUGUUGGAGUUCUCAGAGCAAUGGCAUUAGGUGUUUUCCCAGUUGAUGAGACCCUCCCUAGAGAUCCAAACAUGUUUGCUGGAACUAAACUGUACUUUGGUAUCUCUGCUGGUCUUCUCUUUGUAUGAGCAACACUCACCAUCUUUUCUUUCAGGACAGGAUAUAACAUUUACUAUUACCAACAAUCUUUGAAGAAGAAGUCUAAUAAAGAUACGAAAGAGGAGAGACAAACUAUGAUUCAGAGUGCCAAGACAUUUGCAAUGACUCCUGACAAUACGAUAGUUAGAGAUAAAGAUGAUGAAGCUAUUGAUGGGGAAGAGGAGAAGGUAUCUGUCAUCAAGAUACACAAUUCAGACUGGUUGAAUUUUUGGGGGAUAUUCUUAAACUUUUCAAUGCAAUUUGCUAUUUUCCCAGGGCUAUUCAUUCAUGGAGAUAUUACCUUUAUCCACGAUUACCAUUGGAGAAUCUGGUUCAUUAUCUUCAUUUCAGUUUUCUUUGAUGCCGUGGGAAGAGUUGCUGCAGGGUUUAUCACUCUAAAAUCUCCAAUUAUAGCAUUCAUUUUGACACUGUGAAGAACAUUGGGUAUUGUAGUCGGGUUCCUUACCGCACUCGAAGUUGGAUUCUUCAGAAAUGACUACAUUAACCUUGCUAAUAUCAUCAUCUCUUCCUUUGCCUUCGGGUAUUUGGGAACCUGUCACAUCAUCAUGGCUUGUAUGGCACCGAAGCCUCAUGAAAUGGAAGCAGCAGGAAAAAUGAUCGCGUUUUUCCUCCAGAUCGGACUACUUAUAGGAAGCUUGGUUUCAACUUUUGUAGUGGCCAGGUUCUUUUAAAUUAUCCUUUUCUAAAUUGGGUUCAAUUGUCAACACACUAUCUUAGUUGGUGGAGUGAUAUUUAAGUUUACUUAGAACUCCUAUUCAAGUUUUGGCCUGAGAUGUUCAAUCUAUGUUGUGUUAGGUAUUG